AGUCACGGCGCAAUAGGCGCAAAAACUGCUUGGUGACGUCAUCAUUGCGAGGCCGGGAAUCAGAGAGGUCGACUUGUUUCUCGAUACAGAAAGAAGUAUUUUCGCCUUUGUUCAAAUAAAGGAUAACGUUAAAGAAAGCUGUUAUUGUUGGUUUGGAUGUUUCUAUAAGGUGCUUUUUGUCUCUGAGGCCCAGCACUGCAGACGGUUGCCAUGGCAUCUCCAGGAGGACAAGCAGGAGGAGGAGGAGCUCUGUCGACCAGAGGAGGCAGCGGGGCUCGGAGGAUGAAGUGGGCUCUGGAGCUAAGCCUGGGCAACACCAGGAGCCGUGGCGACCGACAGGGCGGUCAGGGAGAUGUUGUUUACCCGAUUGGCUACUCCGAGAAGCCUGUACCUGACACCAGUAUCCAGGAAACAGACAAGAACCUGGUAGAGAAGCGUUGCUGGGACGUGGCCCUUGGGCCUCUGAAACAAAUCCCCAUGAACCUGUUCAUCAUGUACAUGUCAGGCAACACCAUCUCCAUCUUCCCCAUCAUGAUGGUCUGCAUGAUGGCCUGGAGGCCCAUCCAGGCACUCAUGUCCAUGUCUGCUACCUUCAAACUGCUCGAGAGCUCCAGUCAGCAGUGGCUCCAGGGCCUCGUCUACCUGAUCGGUAACCUCCUGGGUUUGGCCUUAGCCAUCUACAAGUGUCAGUCGAUGGGACUGCUCCCGACACACUCGUCGGACUGGCUGGCUUUCAUAGAUCCACCUCAGAGAAUGGAGAUCAUGGGCGGAGGGAUGGUGUUGUGAAGAAGAUGGACUUUGCACAUACAGUAAAGGAUUCAAAUAUUUACAGAGGUUAUAUAUUGCUGAUUUUCCACCUGUGCCACACAGCCAGACUUUCCAUUACAGCUGAGAUGGGGCAAAGCUUUACCAGCUGUCCUGAUUUGGUCCAAAAUAUAUUCAACAGCUAUGACUUUUUUUAAACACCAUUCAUGACACUAAUAUUAUUAGCAUUGCUCCACUUGGGCCUACUCUGCUUCACAUCUCCAGGGGGCAACACAAUUGUAUCAGUCUACAGCUUCAUUUGGUCAAGUAAAGGUGUAGUGUUAGAUUGUGUUGCAAAAGCUAUUUCUUCUUCAAUCAUUCAUUUUAGUUUUGUAUCUGUUUACAGUGAAACUCCACGUGAUUUCACCUAACCUGCAACAUUUACUGAGCUGUUUAAUUUAUAAUGUAGGUCUGUUAAAUUUAUAUUGAUUUGCUCUGGGAAACUGUUCUAUGAAAUAAAUUCUUAUUGGUUGAAGUAAGAUGGUUUCAGCUGUGUUGGAUGAAACAGUAUAGUCUUAAUCCUGUGAAGGGGAUUUAGAUAUUUGAUACUGAUAAUAUUGGCAAAUUGUCCAUACAAGUCAUACUUUGUAAAGUGUCCUGAGAUGACUUUUGUUGUGAUUUGGCGCUAUACAAAUAAAAUUUGACUUGAUAGUAAAUAUUAUGAAUGGGCUCCAACACUGGCAAUGAAAAUUAUUU